AUGAUCUCACCCAAGGUCAUGACCGAAUUGCAUCAAGCCAAACUCGUUCCCACCCAAUUCACAGUACCCAAACCAGGUGAAAACGCGUGGUCUCCAGCCGAGCAGCGUCGAUUUUGGGAGGCUAUUCAGCACUUUCCACAAGGUCCAUGGACGGCCAUUGCCGUCUACGUUGGUUCCAAAUCCACACGUCAAGCGAUGACUCAUGCACAAAAGCUGCGUCAGAAGCUCAGUCGCUGGAAACGUCGUGUGCGGAGUGACUCAAUCGGUUCGACAGGUUCCAAUUCGAGCGCGUCAGCAUCGGUGACCACUCCAGGUGAAGGUAGCAACGGAUACGAAUCACCGCCAAUGUCUCCGACGGAACCUGAGGUUAUUAAGAAAGACAAAGACAGAGACGGUUGUAAACCGAUGCAUAUCAUGAAACUAGAAUUCAAAGACGAGGUACAGCAGUCUGAAGACCACGGCCAAGUCCAUGACGCACACGACGACCUCUAUUUGGAACACCUGCUGUCCGAUAUCGAACCGGUGCUGGAACAUGUCGCGCACUUUACGAAUGGGUCUGGAAACGACGAGGCGACCGAGUAUGGCAAUGAGCAAACAAUGUAUCCCACACACCACGCAAACAUGGCGGUAUCAUCAGACCACAAGACCAUGGAGCUCUCGAUGUGGAAUCAGCACCAUCAGAAUUCCACAUACUGUCAGCAGCAGCAGCAGCAGCAUCAGUACAGCUCGCCGUCUACAUUAGCAGCAACGCAUUACACGCCUACCGAGACCGGCCACCAACACAACUAUCAUUUUUUAAUAUAA